AUGGCCUGCUGUGCUUUGGAAAUUCUGGGGCUAGUGCUUGGAAUCAUUGGGGGGUUUGGAAGUUUUGCUGUCACUCUGAUGCCCCAGUGGAAAGUAACCGCUUUCACUGGAGAAAAUAUUCUGGUCUCUGAAAAUCGUUGGGAAGGCCUGUGGAUGAACUGCAUCAGUCGUAUGAAUGGUGUUUAUGUGUGCUUAAGCCAUAUGUCAACACUAGCUCUUGAAACUCCUUUAGGAGUAUCCAGAGGGUUUAUGUGCACAGCAUGUGCAUUAUCAGUUAUUGCCUUUCUGAUUUCCAUUCCUGGUAUGAAGUGCUUCAGAUGCCUUGGCGAUAAUGAGCAAAUCAAGGACAAGAUGUUAUUGGCUGCUGGAGUGAUUUUUCUUUUGUCUGGGAUUAUUGUGUUAAUUCCUGUCUCCUGGGUUGCCAGCAUCAUCAUUAAUGACUUCUAUAAUCCGGAAUUCCUGAAUUCCCAGAAACAUGAACUGGGAGAAGCCCUCUAUUUAGGGUGGGGAACCUCAGCAUUCUUGAUCAGUGGAGGAGGCAUAUUAUGCAGCUUCUGCCACUGUGCAAAGAAUCCCAGAAGAUUUCUCUCACCAUCCAGCCACAGAGUGAACAAAGCUGAAUAUGUCAAAGGGAAGCCUGCAUCUGCACAUUCCUAUGUGUGACUGCUUCAUUUUCUCAUGUUGUUUUGGGCUGCAGCAUUGUUCUUCCAAACUGU